CGUCUUCUUUUCCUUGGGCUCUCCCGCCACCCCGACGUACCAGCGCUAGCGCGCCGACCGGCGCACCCCCCCCGCCACCACCUCCGGAGAGAGAAAGCGGAGAGGUUCUUGCUUCGGGGCUCGCUCGCCUCGGCCGGGGUUUCAAACCCCUCGUUCGUUUCGCUCGACGCGCCAUCUCGCGAGUGCCGUUCGGACCUGCCUGCCAGGCCCGCCUGUAUUUUUCCCCCUGCGGAGCUCCUCGGGUGCCGCGUCUUGUAACGGUUUUUCUUUCUUUCUGUUUUUGUUGUUGUUUCGGCAAGUCUCAACAGCGACGACGAAGACGACGUCUGCGGGACCUCGCCGUCCGGAAAAGAAAGUGCGCACCUUCGCUGAAAGAGACUGCAUCGUCUGAUGUCUUCCUGUGGCCGCCCAUCCAUGAGUCUGUGACGGGCACUUGAGAAGGUUCGGCCAAGUGUGACACACGAAUGCCGCGCUGCCGUCGGCGCUGCUGCUGCUGCUCGGCGUAGCUGCUCCUGAGGCGGCGGCGGGGCCCUCCUCUUCCUCCCCUCUCCAGCGCCCGCCGGUCCAAUCGGAAGCCUUCGUCUUGGCGUGAUGUCAUCGGAGGAAGACUCGGCCGCCGAGGGCCAACUCAGUUUCGCACGCGCGAAGGCCAAGAGAAACACGACGUCGUCGCGGCUCCCGCGCGUCGACGCCGGAGAAGCACGAGUACCCGCCGUCGUGGCCCCCCCUUCGAACGGAACGCCGUCGUCGCUCGACCUGCGCUCGCCCCCUCCGCCGCUGCGCAAUGGCUUCAUGAGCGGCGACGACCACCUGGAGCAGCAGCAGGCUGAGCGCGGCGGCCUGCUCCGCGACAUCCUGCAGGGACGCCGCGGAGCCGAGGAGGAGGACGACGAAGACGCCGCGUCGGCCGACGAGGAGGAGGACGACGACGACCGUGAGGAAGACGUCGGUGACGACGACGACGACGAAGAGAUGGCGGCCGCCGCCGCUGCGGACGGAGCCGGCAGCGCGCGGGGCGCCUCGGACGAUGAGACGGACGCGAAGAAGGCGCGCGUCGAGAGCAUCGUGUCCAACAUGCGCCGAGGCGGCAGCAACGGAGAGACACCGGCCAGCGCCUCUGCGCCGGCGGUCAACGGGUGCAAGAAGCGCAAGCUGUACCAACCCCAGCAGGCGCUGUCGGGCGCCGCCGACGACGAGCUGCGGCUCCGGAACCGCGUGGUGGCCGACCGCGACUCGUUCCGCCAGGAGCUGCUGAGGCUCAAGACCGAGGUGGCCACCAUGCAGCAACGCUACGACGAGAUGCGGAGCGAGGACGAAGACGACGAGAUGGAGGACGGCGCCGCGUCCGAUGACUCGACCGCCGCCGGCGGCCGGCUGAGCAACAAUAACAACAACAACGACGACGACUGCCGGGAAAUGACGACGCCCCCUUCGGAGCUGUCCACGGACGCGCCGCGCUCCUCGCCGCUGCGGGACGUCAAGCCUCCCGUGCGCGGCGACGCUCACAUGGUCAGCCCGCCGGGGACUCCGCCGGACGACUACCGCCACUCGCGCCUCUCCGCCGCCGCCGUAGACGGCCCUCGCCAGACGUGCAUUGUGAGACCUCCGCCCAUGGUGUUUCCUCAGGACAUGGAGCGGUUGGUGACCACCAUAAAGUCCGAGAUUGCGUACGUCAUACCGCGUGUGAUAGACAACGUGUUCUGUCGGUUCGUGCGCCAAGCCCCCGACGGCCUGGCGGCAGCGGCAAAUGCCGCUGCGGCUGCAGCCGCCGCCGCAGCCGCUGCCCAGCACCCUCCCCCCGCGCCGACAACGGUGGCCCGGAGGCUGGACGGCGCGCCGCCGUGCCGCGACGACCAGCGCAGCAUGCUGACGCAGAUGCUGGACCGCAAGUCCCCGCGUACCAAGGUCCUGGACCGGAACCGUCUGAACGGCCACCGGGGCUCGCCCGGCGGCGGCCCCGCGGAGCGCGCCUUCUACCCGAGCGCCUCGUCGACGCCGCUCAAGAGCCGGCACACGCCACCGUUCUCGGAGCCGGUGAUUCCCGAGCAGACCGAGGCCAUGUCGCUGGUGGUGCCGACCAAGAAGAAGAGGCACAAGGUCACGGACACGCGGUUGGUUGGCCGCGAGCCCGGCAGCCCCUCGUCCAAGGAGUCGCCGGGCGGCGGCGGCAGCGCGGGCUUUGCGCCGCCGCCUCUGGUCCCUGUGUCUCUGAACACGUCGGUGGCCAUUCCCAACCCGAGCCUGCACCACGCGGCGGCCGACGUCUUCUUCCACGUCGACCAGCCGCGCAGUCUGUACGAGGAGCAGCCGCUGCCACUGAUGCUGGCGGCCGCCGCCCACUCGCCCGCCGAGGCGCCGCCGCACCGGUACCCGUCGCUGGCGGGACCCCGGGUGCCGCCUCCGCCGCCGCAGGAAAACGACUCGGAUACCAGCCAGGAGUACGACUCCAGCAUGGCCAUGAUGUCGUUCCUCAAGUACUUCAACGGAGCUGGCGGACCUUCGUCCCACGGUCCGGCCGCCGCCGGUCUACCGGGAGGCCCGGGCAGCCAGAGCGGAAACCACGGGAGCAGCCGGGGCGACAACGCCUCGGUGGCCUCGGACUCGCCGGGAUUCAAGUCCCUCGGGGGCGUCGGCAGCGGCGGGGGCGGCUACACCAGCACGCUGACGCCCAUGCAUCUGCGCAAGGCCAAGCUCAUGUUCUUCUACGUGCGGUACCCGAGCUCGGCCAUCCUCAAGAUGUACUUCCCGGACAUCAACUUCAACAAGAACAACACCGCGCAGCUCGUCAAGUGGUUCUCCAACUUUCGGGAGUUCUACUACAUCCAGAUGGAGAAGUACGCCCGUCAGUCUGUCAGUGAAGGCAUCAAGAACGUUGAGGAGUUGAAAGUGAGCGCUGACUCGGAACUCCUCAGGGUCCUCAACCUUCACUAUAACAGGAACAACCACAUCGAGGUGCCCGAAAACUUCCGGUACGUGGUGGAGCAGACGCUGCGCGAGUUCUUCCGCGCCAUCGUGGCCGGCAAGGACCAGGAGCAGUCGUGGAAGAAGGCCAUCUACAAGGUUAUCGCCCGGCUGGACGACAACGUGCCCGAGUACUUCAAGUCGCCCAACUUUCUCGAGCAGCUAGAGUGACGCCGGGCCCCGCCUCCCGCCCUGGACCUGCUGGCGGCGGCCGCCGCCAUGAGGCCGCAGCCCCCUACGGCAGCGCCAUCUUGCUGGUGGCGCCUGGCCGCGCCGCCAGCGCCGCCCCUGCCCCCAACGGCGGCGGCGGCAGCGGCAGCCGCAGCGGCAGCGACGGCAGCAGCGUCCUGGGGCCGCGUCUGGUGCCUCUGAGCCGCAAAUUGCAGGAUGGCCAUUCACUUCCACGAGCGGCGCGAAACGAGCAAAACGCAGGGCCGCGGCGGAGGGAACGACGAAGACGACCUCGCGAGGCGACGACGCAACGCGAGCAGAGACGGGAGUCCCUCCGCGCGAGCUCCGGUGGCCGCAGCGUACACGAACGAGGAAACGAAUGAAAAGUACCGCGAGCGCACCCCCAGCUCCACCCGCGCGAGCAACUUCCUCCUCCGAUGCACAGUCAACGGACGACGCCUCUAUCUCUUCACGACACUGCCUGUGACCGGGAGCUUAGCUGUACCACUUGCAAGAAGGGGCUCUGCUCCGGAGCCGGUGUUCUGGAGCACUUGGCUUACCCACCGACCGGAAGGUGUCUGGGUCCUGGAGCCAUGCGUACGCAACGCACACACGUAAACACAACGCUGCCUAGAAGAAGACGUCUUCCUUAGGACCAACCGUAACCGCUGGUGGUUGUACGCAGCAAGGACACUUCGCUUAUGAAGGAGCACUUCGCACUGAGUGAUAACCAGUCCUGGACCGGUCAAGUGAAGACGCGGCACCACCCCGCCUCCGAAGACGUCUUCCGAUGGGUCAGCAACAAAGCUUUAACUAAAGCUUCUUGCCCCACGCGCUGACCUUAGAUGUGCGCUUCUGCAGACCACGUGAGAACGGCUGUGCUGCGGUUUGCGUCUUCUUGCAGACGUACCUAGGAGUCCAUUCUUGCAGAAGUACCCAGAAGACCUUUCCACGGAGCUAUACGCUUCGCCAUCUCACUGGCGGUCUUGUCCUGCAGGGGGGAAGUGCUUCGAUCGCCGUCCCGGAAGUGACGUCACACUCUCUCCACAAGCUGGCCGCGCUGGACUAAAAUGCUGUGUGGUGAUAUGACUCGGCAUUCGCAGGCCUUGCUUCGGUGAGGAGUGACUCUGCGGGAAGAAUCUUUUUUUCUCGCGCCUAGUCGACCCGGCAUUCCCAAAGAGUCGCCGACUGUUCUCUUUUUGUCCCUGAAAACUGGACGAUGACAUUGUGUGUGCGCACAUGCGCAGUGGUGGUGACCGUGCGCGUUGCUCGAGCAGAUGACAGACGGAGGACAGCACGCCGUUCUGGAACUGACGUGCUGCUCGCUGCUGCUGCUUGCACAUGCAAUGAUGAGUGUUUGGUCUCGGUGAUUUCAAGAGGUAGGAUCUGCAAAGCAUAUCUCAUUGUGACUAUAUAGCGUUAGACUGACGGUCGUAACCGUGCUCCGAGAAUCUUGUACAUAGAAUCAUACUAUAAUACAGAGUGCGCGAAGAUAUCGCAAAGCGACUUUAUUUUUCUUUUUUUUUUUCGUUUCCGCCCUCAGAGUGUAAGAUGUUCGUAUACAGUGUCACACUGGGUAUGACAUAUAUAAUAUAAAGAAGCACUUCACCAAAGACUAGCCGCACACACGCAUACCUGCUGCUGUUUUUUUUAACUACUUAUCUAUUUGGUUGAGGGGAGCAUGCUAUGCCCAAAGUUGUCCCUGGGCCCGAUGCCGCUUGGAAACAGCAAAAUAACAAACAAAACUGACAUGCUUGUUGAAACGCGAUGGUGAAGAGGUGGUGUGGCACUAGGUCUGCGCAGUUCUAUAUACACACCGCCAUUUAAAACGUGGUAUCUUCCUCCUUUCUUUUAAAGUCAAUACAAAACGCGUCAGCACGCGGCAGUCAAAGCACUGCCAGCAUACUUACCGAUGGGAUUUCCUUUCGUGUUUAUAUUUUAUCUCUUAUUUUUUACACGAUGCAAAGAGAUCAAAACGCGUAUAUAUAUAUAGAUAGAAGCAACUAAUUUUUGCUGUACAAAUGACGACGUUAAGAGAUGUUUUGAGGAGUGUCCGAGUUUUUUGCUUUUUGUCCAUCAACAUUUCUGUUUUGUUCCUUUUUUUUAUUUCUUGUAGCGAGUGGUGCAUUUGUGUCGGUGUGUUUGUGUGUGCUCGACUGCUUGCGAUCACGUGUGGCUGUGCUGUCUGUCCUCUUCUUUAUAUUUUUUUUUCUUGUGGCAAGCCACUUUUUCUGUUCCAAGCCCGGUUAUAUACCGUACCCCAGACCCGGUUAUAUGCCGUACCCACACGCCUUCGAUGCGUCUAGCUGUCGUUUCCUGGGGUGCCGUGGUAUGGCAGUUUUUUUUUUUCUUAACGUGUUUGUCUCCAUCGUUUCUACUUUAUUAUUUUUUAUAUAUUAUUGCCCUUUCCUUUAGGAUAGGAUGAGUGCGUGAAGUCCUAGUCGGCAGGGCGCGCCACGGAACGUGCGCUCGCAGCGCCCUCCGUCGGCGUGACCCGCUGUGUAAUUCUCUGUCGAGUCAACUUUCUUUACUUGCCCCCCAAUUCCCGCUCUUAUAAUCUCUCGAAUCGGGUGUAUGCGAAUCGCGACUCCUCCUGACACCGAUAUCUGCCUCGCUGAUUGGUUUAUUGACGUCGCCAGAUAAUUAAACACAAGACUUCAUUCUCAACGCUUUGCGUUUACGCACGUUAUAAAUAGAAACAUAACCGAACACCGAAAUUAUAGUUAUCCUUAGCUAGACAUACUGCUGGAUCAAAACGGAUUACGCGAAAAAAAAAGGAUUUCCAUUCGCUCCCACCGGACGCGUAAUCUAAAAUUCUGUCUUAUCGUGAAACACGGGCUAUGCAUACGCCAGCCGUGGUUUCGUAGGUUCCCCUGAGGAUUCGCGCAUUUGUCUUGUAGUCUCUUCAUCGUCAUUUUCCUGAUUGUGGUGAUCGCAAAGCUCAUAAAAUCUGAAAGUGACACUAAAUGUAAUCAUUUAGUGUCACUUGAACGUGAAUUUGAGCUGUAGCGAGAUGCACCAAGAUUACAGCUAUCACACCAAAGACUUAAAAAAAAGAUAACUAUCUGUCGCCUUAUAUUUGGCUCUUGUGUCCGUGGUCUCUUGUUUUUCCCAUCCCCCUCACCGGAUGAAUGCUAGUCAGCGUGUUGCGUCACUGUUUUCUUUGUAAGUGUGUCCCCGUAUGUUUAUAGUGCAGUUGUCAGCGCCUUCUACUUCUUGUCGCUCCCCCCCCCCCCUUUUUUUUUUUUGCGUGAUCUGCACAUCGCGUUCUAGACUUGUCAAGAAAAGAAAAAGAAAAAAAAAGAAAUGGACUUGACGGACUAUAUUUUGUCAACGCGUACGCGCUGCUUGAUCGCGACCACAGCUCCAUCUACGUCAGCUAUGCUUCUGGGAGUGGUCACGUGACGGCACAGACGCCAUAUUGUUGGUUCUGUUCGCAGCUUUCCAGCUCUCGUGCCGCUAUUGUAAACUAGCUCAGAGAUUACAUAACGUCCAGUUAUCGGCCUUGGUAGAGCUGUAAAAUUCGCCGACUUUGUGGAAGGGAUCGCGUCAGUCGUAGCGGAGUUGUAAUUCAAUGCCCCAAUGCUGCUCACCUUUGCCAAAAGAUUGACCGAAUUAAUCCGUUUAGUCGGCCCUUCUUCGAGUCAUCUGUCGUGGACUGUGACGUUGGCGUGGAAAGCAAGUUGCUUCCUUAACAGGAAAUACUUAUAUAAGUUAGGAGGGGAGUAGGCGUGUGGGCGAUCGCAUCUACAAAGCCGGCAACUGCACAGCAUCGCGGCGAUUGCGAUGACGUCAUUGCCUACUCCGCGUGCAUAUGGGAGGAGAAGCUGUAAGUAGAAUUCGCGUGACGUCACAUACGCCAUUUUUGUUCGAAUUAUAGCUUCUACUGUGUUGCUCGUGUUGAGCUGAUCGAGAAGGGCAGCUUUUCACCGUGAUGUCUGUAUAAAAAUAUGGCGGCCUCGAUGACGUCAGCGCAUACCGCAUAUAGCGAAUCCUACUCACGACUACAGCUCUGAAUUAUGUCUUACGUUGUCUCGAUCUUUUAUCACCGGAAGGAAGUUGGCGACGGCUGACGGUUAUAUUCGUCACGGAUUAGCUGUACGUCUUGCCGGCCUACAUAUUCUGAAAGCACGUCUUUGAUAGCCGCGGCGGACGCGACUGAAGAAAGGAACUGUAUAUCGUUAAAUAUCGUGAGCACGUCCCAAGAAAUCUUGAAAAAGCGCGCUUAUUUCGGGCAUGGAUCUUUGACAUACAUACGCACUCUGCCUCAGUCAUACUAUCUGAAGUCACCGAAUCGUGUCGCUAUAGCUUAAUUGCGAAAGCUAAUUCUUUGUGUUGCUAUUUUUAUUUGCUUACGUUUACGGUACGAAGCGUAACGCCCUAGUGAGACCUUUCCAGCGAUACUGUAGUGCACAUGUGGUUGUUGGGUACGGUCUCGCGACUAGUCAUUUAGAGGAAGGCACGAGAUAUGACACCAACUCUGAAAACAGCGCAGAUAUAGCAGUGUUCGCAAGGACAAAAAAAGAGAGAGAGAGAGAGAAAGAACAUGACUAACUUCCUUUUUCUUGCACUGCAUGCCCGAAAACGACCAGCUUGUGUUACUACAGAAAACACUGGGGUUAGUCAAAACGAGUACGCUUAUACCUAGCAUAUUCGCUCUCCUAAAACAGUAUCUGAAGUGCAAACAAGACCAACUUGCAGCGAGUUAUAAAUAGUGUAGGGCUUCAUCCAAAGAAAUUACUAGGAAACACUGAUGCUAGUCUCCUACGGAAGCUGUCAACAUUUGAGGAUAGUGUGGUGGUCCGGCCAUGCACGAUAUUGAUGGGUAGAUGAUACAUGGCUUCGAAUGGCUUUGCCAAUUGAUCAUUUGUAACAAUAUAAUGAAUUAUAAACGCGACAAUUCGAAAUGGUUACGCGUGUCGGCAGAGACUAACCGCCCUGCUCUGUACGGAAAACUAUACGAGUGCGUGGGAAAUUUAGAAAGGGAAAACGUAAUUGAGUAACGUCUCAAGAACGUGCGAAGCCCGCAAGCUCGAAGAUUAGACUAAUCCACGUACUAACCGCCAUUCCCGCGUUAGCUGAACGCACCCAGCGCCCCUCUAGUAAUGUUUGUAGGAACCUAUAAGUAAUAUAGUCAAACAGGGAGUAAA